GUGAACAAGAGGUGGAUGAAGUACCUGAGACACAAGCAGAAAAACAGGUCUGUAUUUUAUUUAUAUUAUAUUUAAAUUAUUAUCUCUCUACUGCUAUAAACAGGGUGAAUCGACCCUACGGCUUCCCUUAAGUGCUUUCUUAUUUUAUGUGGUAUACACUAAUCAGUUACAACCACUGACAGGUAAAGUGAAUAACAUUGCUUAUUGUAAAGGAUCCUUGCAUUCGUGCAGCGAUUAUCCUUGCAGCUUCUCCCGAAAUCCAACUGAAACGAAGUGAUUAUAGCUCCCAAUCCCCCAAACAUGAGUCGAGACUUCAUGAAGGGGUAAAACGAUCUGAUUUACUGUGGGCUACCUGCCCGGUAUUUAUGCAGGUCUUCCACCUGGUGGACACUCCCCUAGGGGACCAGAUGGAAGACUGGGACAAAAGUAACACAGUAGCCAAUCACAGUGGCUAUAGCAUAAGCACUCCCCUUUUACAUAAAUCACUCCCUCUUUUCCAUCCUGGAGAUAAUUAACUUAAGGUAGCAAAGAGAGCCUUAAUUAUCUCCAGGAAGAAAGAAGCAUGGUUUUUCUUAUUUAGCAAAACAGAAUAAAAAUAUAUAACUUUCUUUUUACACAACAUAAACUUUAAGUUCCACAUAUCCCCAGAUAGCUUGGAUCUGAGGAAGGGGAACUGGUGAACUGGCAUCGGGGUCAUGGGCGCCAAAGGCUCAGUGAUGCACGUGGGGAGCAAGACUAGCCCAUCUGGUCCUAUCAUACAGAAGGCUUACUCUAGCUCAAAUAGAAAUAACCAAAUAGCCAUAAUAGAAAAGUGUCAGAACACACAGUGCACCACAGUUUCUGCAUAUGGGUCUGAGUUGCCGCUAGGGAUGUGCAUGGGCAAAAAAAUUGGUUUGGUUCAGAAAUUCGGGUAAGUUACAAAAUUAGUCGGCAAUUCUGAACUUCGGCACUUAGUAAGCAUCCGAAUGUCUGAAUUGCAUGAAACUAAUUGCACAUGUCUAGUAAGUGGUUGUGGUGGCAGUCCGGGCACUGGGAGCCCUACAGAUGUGUAAGUGGUUGUGGUGGCAGUCCUGGCACUGGGAGGCGGGAGCCCUAUAGAUGUGUAAGUGGUUGUGGUGACAAUCCUGGCACUUGGAGCCCUACAGAUGUGUAAGUGGCUCCCAGUGCACAGACUGCCACUACAACCACUUAACCAUCUAUAGGGCUCCCAGUGCCAGGAAUUAGCUUGUUGGCCAAGAUUCCUGUCAUCAUUCAUGUAAUUUUCUCUCCCUCUCUCUUGUUUUGCCACUUUUCAGAAAUUGAAGCACUUCGGAACUUCAGCAGUUCGGCAAUUCGGUUCGCCACUUCCGAACUACCGAACUUUGGCACUUCGGACAUUCAUAAGCAUCCGAAUGUCCGAAUUGCACAAAAUUCUUCUUAAUGUACAUUCGAAAUGAAACGAAUUGCACAGGUCUGGUUGCCGCAGAUCGGUCAGAAUGCCCAUGAUGACCUACCACCAAGAGUGCCUUUAGUGGGGGACGUCAGUGUCAGAACUGGACCACGGAGAAACGAAAAAAAGUUGUCUGGUCUGAUGAAUAACAUUUUAUUUUAGGUCAGGUGGAUGGCCAUGCUGUGGAUGUGCAUCGUUUACCUGGGGAAGAGAUGGCUGAAGGAUACAAGACAGGUCAGUGGAGGCAGUGUUAUGCACUGGGCAAUGUUCUUCUGGGAAACCUUGGGUCCUGGCAUUUAUUUGCAUGUCACUUUGUCAUGUAUCACCUACCUAGAGAUUGCUGUAUACCAUAUAUACCCCUUCGUGUUCCCUGAUGGCAGCGGCCAUCAAUGUUAUUCACUUCAUUUGUCUUUCAGCAGGAUAAUGCACCCUGCCACACUGCAAAAAAUUUUCAGGAAUGGUUUGAUUAACAUGACAGAGUUCAAGGUUUUGCCUUGGCCUCCAAAUUCCCCAGAUCUCAAUCUGUGGGAUGUUUCCAUUUAUAUUUCUACAAUCUGUGGCGUGUGCUGGAAAAACAAACAACAGACUGGACAAUUGUUACGGUUUCCUACAGAUCAAGUGAUCAUACAUAUUCUUCAUUAAACUGCUUAAAUUCCAGUAAAUAUACAGUUAAACAGACACUUCAAGCAACAUAGCCACUACAGUUUAUUAUUUUACUGGUUAUGGCACUAGGAAGCUGUAAAUGUAGCAAAGAAGAAAGACGUAGAAGUUCAAUAGAUUAGCUUUUUUGUUUGCUAUAUUACAAUCGCAGAGGAGAAUUUACUGAAAUGAAUUGAGCAACUUACUGCAUGAACUGUACAUUUACAUCAUGCACAAAGCAUCAGAGACCUUAUAAGAACAUGUAAGACAUUAAAACAUUUACAAACGUAUGUAUGCAAGAGGUUUGCUACAUAGGCGUGAAAAAAUUAUGUAAGCAAUAAAUGUCACUUGGCACAUUUCCUUUACUGUUAGUUAACAUCCUCAUCCAUUAUAUAUAAUGAAUGUCUGUAAUAAUGAUACCCAUAUACCUCUCUUCUUUUUUGUCCUCAUUUGUUGUAUCUUGUCACUGACUCCCCAUUCUCUGUUUCUGAUUGGAUGACUUCACGAUUCCUAAAAUGUAAACCGAACUCCGUGAUUUUCCUCCCUCUACAAAUGUGCCUUUUUCCCUUAAGGUCAAUGGAGCAUUGUCCUAGUACCCAGUCCCUACUUCAUUUCCUAAUCCUUUUAGAUUGUAAGCUUGCUUGGGCAGGUCCCUCUUCACCAACUGUUUAUCAAAUAUGUUUUGUUAGAACUGUUUGUAAUGUUUAUCUAUUGUAGAGCACUGCUGAAUAAGUUGUCGCUAUAUAAAUAAUUGUAAUUGUAAAUGGCAGAUAAUGAAGCAGUGAGACUGCAGGGGUAUGAUAUAUAUACCAAAGCUGCUACAUUAAGUUAAAUUUGUUUUGGUACUUAUAGUGUCCCUUUAAGGUGCCAAUUAAAAAGUUAUUUCAGGACACUAAUGAAUUCUGCAUUAUGCAGAAGCACGGCUUGAAAGUGCUACCCAGCAGUAUGUAGAAUUUUAUUGAAUUACACAAUUGGUCAGACAGUCCUUUCAAACUCUGCACCCCAGAAGACAGAAUUCAUUAGUGAUCCAGAGGUAGUUUAACUUGUGAUAAUCUUCCUAUGGAAGUAGGCUUAUUACAUCCACCAUGGGGGUUCUAACACAGUGUCCUGAGACAGAGUCAUCUUAACAGAACUAUAGGCCCCUGGGCAAAGCAGUGCACUGGGGUCCUACCUACACAAUCACUCACAGGAAUAGAAAAUGUAAACUAUUGACAAAAUUAAGUUUAGAUUUAUUGAUACUUCUUACAAAAUCAGUGUUUAAACAUUAAAAAACAUGCUUUACAGCAGAGGUGUAACUGGAAACCACAGGGCCCCGGUGCAAAAAUUGCCCUGGGCCCCACCCCCAUAUGUCUACCUCCCCCCUCACUCCCUUCACCCCCACAUGCAGACAGAUACACACGCAGACACAUAUACAUGUAGACACCCACAUUCAGACACACACACACGCACACACACACACAUACACACAGAGAUCCAUACAUACAGACACACACACACAGACACAUACAUACAGACACACAUACACACAGAGACACAUACACAUACAGACACACACACACAGACACAUACAUACAGACACACACACACAUACACACAGAGACACAUACACAUACAGACACACACACACAGACAUACAGACAGACACACACAUGGACAUACUGAUACAGACAUUCUCUAUCACACACACACACACACACACACACACUAACUGUUACAAACAUUUAGUGACUUACCUGGGGUCCAGCGACUGCCUCAUGCUGAUGGGAGUCAGAGCUUCCACUCUUCUCCUGCACGGCGCUCUCUUGGCUGGGAGUGACGGCUUCAUCCCAGCUCUGACAUCAUCACUGGGAAAUCCAUUGCCAUCGGGUGUUCCUCAACCAUACAAAGCUACAAUACUGAGCUAUGGAGUGGCCACUUGGAGAUGUCCCUAGGGGCAAUGUAAACACUGCCUUUUCUCUAAGGGCAGUGUUUACAUGAAAAUGCCUAAAGGGAGCUAAUAUACUCACCAGAACAACUACAUUAAGCUGUAGUUGUUCUGGUGACUAUAGUGUCCCUUUAAUCAAGUGUUCAACACAAACAUUUGUGAAAUUUCUUUGCAGAGAAUUGCUUUAUAACUGACUUGUGCAGAUAACAGCUGAUACGUAGGUGAUUAGUCCACCUAAAUGUUUUGAUAAAGAGGAUUUAAGGGUCUGAAUAAAUCUUCUCGAAUAAUAUACUGAAAAGUUGGCAAACCUAUGGGGCCCCUAUGCUCUUGAGGAACCCGGGCAACAGGCCAGCAUGCCCAUGUCCCUGUUCUCAGGUCCCUUUUUAAGGACACCUUGAGGCAAACCUGGGAAAGCAGAGCAGGAACUUAUACUCAGGACGGUCCCUCUUAAACGAACCCUAUAGGAAAACAUAGUUAUAGUGCCCCCCCUUACGAAACACCAUGGUGCAGAAUGGGUUAAAAACCCUCUCUGUCACAUACCUGAGUCCAGUGUUUAUGUCCUGCGGUGCUGGCUUGGGUUAUCCUUCGCUCCUCCCCAGCAAUACAAUGCUUUAGUAUGGGGUUUUGAGUGACGUUGGAUAUCCUCAUCCAUAGCGUGAGGACGUCCAGCGUCAGUUAGGCGCCCAAAAGUUGCCUAACAACCCUGAAGUCCCUCUAGAGCAGUGGUUCCCAACCCAGUCCUCAAAUACCUCCUAACCGUCCAGGAUUUAAGGAUUACCCAGUUGUGUCUAGGGCAUUUUUAGAAAGAAGAAAAAAAACACUUUAGACACAACAGGGUAAUCCCUAAAUCCUGGACUGUUAGGGGCUAUUUUGGGACUGGGUGGGGAACCCCUGCUCUAACGGGACUUCCCGGGUUGUUAGGGUUAAUUAUUGUCUAACAAAUAUUCCCAGGUCCGUUAACCCCGGAAAGGUAAUUAUUAAAAUUAAUUAAAAACUGCAAUAAUUACUUUUCCAGGGUUAGGGGAUCUGGGAAUAUGCACCCAGACCACGUCAAUGAGCUGAAGUGGUGUGGGUGCCUAUAGUGUCCCUCUAAUAACUUGGGACUGUUGAGGGUUAUGUGACACACUUUAUACAUGCUGCCCAUCGUUAGGAACAAUGAAUACACCAGCAGAAUUCAUGGUUUAUCUGGAAGCCCUGCUGUUAUAGAUAAGUUAUAUUUUUAAUCUUACUAAGCAUUUUGAGAUCACAACUGCUGCAAAGGGGAGGGGGUUUUGGGGGGCAUGUUAGUUAGACUUAAACUAUACAGGAGCCAAUGUCUGACAAUAUUGCAACUAUUAGCUCAGCUGUCACACAAACUAGGUUUCUCUAAAGAGCUCUCAUCACUAGAGAUACAACGUUCAACUAUGGGAAAGACAGCUAUUCUUGGCUCCAACAAAAUGGCUCCUCCAACACAGCGACACUGUGCCAGACGGCGAUAGCGUCUCUUGUGUAUGGAGUUCGGAGACUCUUCUCGGAUGGGGGAAUCUGUCACAUGCCGGGUGCCCGGCUAGCAGCCAGCCAAUCACGACGUUCCUAGCUAGCCGUUCGGCCAAUGGGUGCGCAGGAUGGUGGUGAGCGCAGAGGUCACUGGUUAGAUGGUGAAGCCGGGCAGACUGGGUGCGAGGAGUGUGUGGCAGCCAGAGACAUGAUCAGGCAGCUCCGAGCAGGGCUCCUACUGAGCCGGUAGGUACAGGAGGCAGAGGGUGGGCACUGGGUGAGCUCAUAGCUACAUGACAAGUUCUACAGCAGGGGGUAUGGGGCUGCCCCUGGAUGAUGGGGAUUGUAGUUCCAUAAAAACUACAAGGCUGCCCCUGGAUGAUGGGGAUUGUAGUCCCAUAAAAACUACAAGGCUAAAGCUGGAUUGAUUAGCCCUGUUAGUUAAUGCAAUAAAAGUAAUAUUUACACAAGGCUUUUUAUAUAUAUAUAUAUAUAUAUAUAUAUAUAUAUAUAUAUAUAUAUAUAAUUUUUUUUUUUUUUUUUUGGUAAAUAUUCACAAAUGCUUAUAUUAUCUUGUGUGUCACCAGUUGUAUUUUUAUUUUUAUUUAAUAGGAAUUCUGUUUCCUUUUUUUUAUGUAAAUGUAGCUUUCAUCAGCUAAUUUAAAAAAAAAUCUAGUUUAAAGUAAUUUUGAUGUAGUAUUAUUAUUAUUAUUAUUAUUGAUUUUUAUAUAUUUGACAUGCAUAUGGUUGACAAAAUACCCAUUGAAUUAAAAUUUGUGUUGUUGCUGCUGUUUAUUCAGCAAAAGGGAAUACUAAUAUAUAACUUUGCAGCAAUAAUCCAUUUGUUGCUCCAUUCUUUUUAGAAAAUGCUAAUUUCCCUUUUUAUAUAUAUAUUUUUUAAUACUGUAGUUUCAUGUUUUUUUUUUAUAUAUAUAUUUCUGUUCAGUAUUACUGGAAAAAAUGUUUUUCACAAACCGUUCAAUAAAAAUAAUUUGAAAAGAAAAUGCUAAGUUUAUAUUUCGAAAUCACACACUUGUUUUAAUGAUCCUAGUUGUACACGAUUUACUAGAAUUAGGUAAAACGCAAAACAAACCCUUUUAGUUAAUGCAAUAAAAGUAAUAUUUACAGAAGGCUUUUUUUGAUAUUUUGUAAAUACUCACAAAUGCUUAUAUUACCUUGUGUGUCAGCAGUUGUAUCUUUGGUUUUAUUUACUAGGAAUUAUAUUUCCUUUUUUAUGUAAAUGUAUCUGAUCUAUAUCUAUCUGUCAUUCUGUAGGGUGUGUGUCCAUUUGUAUCAACAGACUGCUGAUGGGAUCUAUAUUUUUAUUUUAUUUUUUUGUAUUGAUAGCAGGCUCUUUCUGUAUGUUUGUUUCUUGCUAACAUUGCAGUCUACAGACAGACAUUGUGUGUAAUGCAUGUCUAGUUAAUAUAGAAUGCCCAGUUAAAGUGUACAUGUCAAAAAGUUGUGAAAACCUGUCCUAUUUUGCUACAUGUGAGCAAAUGAAAAAUGUCCAGUACUGAGAAAACAUAAGUGGCCAUGCUUGGCAUUUCAGUCUUUAUUAAAAGCUUUCAAGUGACAGAUCAGCUUGUUGAAAGCCAUCUAACAGCAAGGUUAAAUGCAAGUUAGAUUGCUAUCAUGACACAUGCUGUAUAUUAUGUAACUCACAGUAACUAGUACCUCAUCAUGAGAUUGCUGUUUUUAUAUGAGGCACUCAUGGAUGAUUACACUUGUAAAAAUACACAGAGCUGCACAAAUUUAAAUUUCCAAACUCACCCAUAGUCUAUUUGAUUCUAUUUCCUAGGUUUUGCCAUUUGCAUUAAGGAAUACCAUACAAACCUGUAUUCCUAAUGCUAUAGUGCCCAUAUUUCUACAGUCACCAGCAUUUCUACAACUUAAUGAAGUGGUUGUGGUGUCUAUGGCUGGUCCCUGCAGGUUUUUUAAUGUUAACACUGCCAAUUCAGACAAAAGGCAGUAUUGACAUUGCUGGCUAGUAACACCUCUAGUGGCAGUCACUCAGACGGCUAGAGGUGCUUUCUGUGUCAGUGCUGUACAGUGUGCAGCAGUGAAAUUUAAUGUCUUCAUGCUCCCCAUAGACAUGCAUUGAUUCCAUGCAUCUCUAUGAGGAGAUGCUGAUUGGCGCAGCUUGGUGUUUUGUCAUUCAAGCACAAUUGCCUCGUAAUGCUUUCCUAUGGGAUUAUCUAAGCCAUGGAAGCAGGGCAAGCCGUAGCAAGACCGGUGAGGGAGAAGAGAUGCGUAAAAUAAUCUAUAAUCUCCAGAGAGAGGGGUGGCCUGGGUCCUAUUGGCCUAUUCCAGGGCUAUAAUGUUAUACAUGUUUGUAUUACUGACAAUAUAAUGUUCCUUUUAAUAGAAUAAACUAAACUAUUUACUCUUAAGUCUCCCAUUCACUGCUUUCCUAUGGACUUUAAUGUCACCUGACCGGGUUUACUCGAUCAAUGCCACGGAAUCGUCUCUAGUAGCUGUCAGGAAGAUCGCUACUAGAUGUGAACUUAACCGCUGCAGUAAGCAUUGCAUUAAAAAAAAAAAAAUUGCAAUUUUUUACAUUACACUAUAACUUUAGCGUAAUAAAGCCAUUUUGCUGUCUCACUGCUCAGUUUUCUGCCAUUUAGGAGUUAAAUCACUUUUUGUGCAUGUGACUUGCACAGCCUUCAUUAACACUUCCUGUAAAGCUAGAUCUAAUGUUUACAUUUCCUUUGUUGCACAUUCUGUUUAAAUUAGAAUGUCUUAUCUCCUGCUCUGUUAAUAGCCUAUAGACCCUGUAGUAGCCUCCUGUGUGUGAUUAAAGGGAUACUCCAAACCUAAUAAAUGAUUAAAAUGAAAAAAAAAAAAAAGCAUAAUGCCAUAUUGAAAGUUAUUCGUUAAGGUGGCCACCCCCGAUUUCUUUUAUACUAGUUUUAAAAGAAGUAUAAUUUACCUUAAUUCAGCAAAGCUGGAACACUGUACAUAUAUACUCCUACCACCAUUACCACUUCAAAAUGCAAAAGUGGUCAUAGACUUUAAAGUAACCAUUUAAAGUUCAAUUUACAGAGCAGGAAAUAAAAACUUCUAAAUCAAGUUAGCAUCUGAUUGAAAAUGUAUACCGUAUAUACUCGUGUAUAAGUCGAUCUUAUGUAUAAGUCGAGUGCAGUUUUGUGACCAACAAUUGUGAAAUAUGCUAUGCCUCAUGGAUAAGUCGGGGGUAAAACUUGGGGCUAUGAAAUUCUGUGAUUUUUAUAAUUACAUACACACACACUCAUACAAACACACACACUGCAUUAUAGACACACACACUCAUACACACACUCUGCAUUAUACACACACACACACACUCUGCAUUAUAUACACACACACACACACUCUGCAUUAUACACACACACACACUCUGCAUUACAUACACACUCAUACACACACUCUGCAUUAUACACACACACACACACUCAUGCAAACAAUCUGCAUUAUACACACACACACACAUACAAAAACACACUUUGCAUUAUAUACACACACACACUCAUACAAUCUGCAUUAUACACGCAUACAAACACACACUCUGCAUUAUAUACGCACACACUCAUACAAACACACACUCUGCAUGAGCCCGGCGGUCCUGGUCUGUAUUAUGGCAAUGUAAGUUGCCAUAAUACAGACACUGACUCGAGUAUAAGUCGAGUGGGGGUUUUUCAGCACAAAAAAUUUGCUGAAAAACUAGACUUAUACUUGAGUAUAUAUGGUAAUUGUUUUCAUUCAGGCUGUGUCAGUUACAGCCAGGGAUGGUGUGGCUAAGGCUGCAUAAACAGAAACAAAAGUAAUUUAACUCCUAAAUGGCAGAAAAUAAGCAGUGAGACUGCAAGGGUACGGUGUAUACAUUAAACCUGCUUCAUUAAGCUAAAGUUGUUUUGAUGCCUAUAGUAUUCACUUAUAACCCCAUUAGAGGCAUAUCACACACGCUCAUGUUAAUAACAAUAUAAGGUGGAGAACUAUGGAAAAUUCUGCAAAAUACAGAAAUCGUUGGUAGAUCUCAAGUCAGAUGUGUAGUAUGAUGCCAUAGGGCAUCAUGCAAGAAUAUCCCUGCCCUCGUUAGCUUUUUUUUUUCUUUGCAUUGGAAUGUCUGUGAAAUUCAACAAGGGACUGGAAUCCUUCUGAUCCCCCUUUUUUUUUUUUUAUAGUUUCCAUUUAGCAGUUAAUGUUAUUUUGGAGUCCUGCAGACCCCCAAUAUAUAGUUUAACCCGUUCACACAGCAAAUUAUAUGGUGGGAAAGUCAUAAACACUGUCCUUACCUGAUGAAUGACUGUCCCAGCACAUCAUUAUUUUAAUGGUCAGGGACAUUUAUUUUUAUUAUUUAUAUAGCACCAUCACAUUCCAUAGCGCUGUACAAUGGGAUCAUCCAUUUACCAGCAUUUCUUGAUGUGUGAAUGCUCUGGGAGAUCAAUGUCUAUAAUUUUUAACUGGUAUAAAUAUGUUCUGUUACUCGCUUGAAAGGUGUUAAUUUUAUUGAGCAAUAAGUGAAGACCCUGCUGGGGUUUAAACCUAUGACACUCAGCUCUGAGCUGGUAAAACAGGUACUGAAGCUUGUACACUAGCCGACUGAGAUAACUAUUCAUGAUGUGAGAUUCUGGGAGUGGUUGAACAAGUUCCAAACAGCCCUCAGCAAGCUAGCGCGAAAUCCAUUAAUUAGAAUAUCUGAACUGCUGAACCUUUAAAUAAGCAAUUUUGUUUUAUUUUUUUAAAUGCACAUUUUUCAUGUUUUGUGGCUCAAUAUGAUUUUUUUGAAGUGAAAUGAUUAUUUGAUUUUAUCAUCUAAUUAUUAUUUUUUUUGUUUAGUUUAGUAUGAUUUCUUUUGAUUUUCAGUAUUUUAAUUUUGUUAUAUUUUUUUUUAUUUCUUGAUCUAGACCUAGCCAGUUUUAUGGAUCGAGGAGAUUGAUCAGAGAAUUUCUGUUACUAAUGAUUUUAUUUUUAUUUUUCUCUAUUUUCUCCAUAGUGCGAUUUCCCGGUAUUCACAAAGAUGGAAGGGAAGUUUGGCAAAUGAAAGAGCCUUGCAGUAUAAACCAGGAGAAACGAUUCAUGGUUUCACAGUAAAUGAGGUAUUGUAUAAUCACUGGUCUUCAAUGCAAUUCAAAGUACUUUCAUUGAUAAACUUCAAUUAAAAUAAUUUGAGUCUUAAUUAUCCUUUCAGGGUUCCAAAUUGAAAGUCUCCCAUUAAACAUCGGUCUAAAUGUUUUAUAAUCGGCUCCUUGAGCUGAUAUCCCCAGGUCAUACUUGAAAACGAGAGAAAUCUCAAUGUAUCCUUCCUGGUAAAAUAAAUAUAUAUAAUUUUUUUUUUUUAUUAUUCUUUAUUUUUGCCGUAGUCAGUUACAUAAGAGACAUAACUUGUGAUACAAUAGUCAAAAUAUGACAAAAUGGUCAGUGACAUACAUUCAAUCUUAAGGUUAAAUUUGAUAUGUGUUUUUUAAAAAUUGUUAUGAACUGAGUAAAUCGCCGUGCCUAGGCACUUAGUGUAGGUGUUCUAAGCAGUAGGCUCAGUAUAAGUGCACGGCAAUGUUCAAAAUGGAAACACAACAAGAAAAAAAAAAAAAGAUGAAUACGAUCUUAAAGAUAGGGGAAGUGGGAAAUUAUUAGUGCAGACCUGGGGGGGGUUGGUGGUAAUAGGGGAGCUAGCGUAACUGGGUUAUUCUUUGUAUAGAUAGAAAAAUUGAAAAUAAAGCAUAAAAAACAAAAAGUAGGUGCUGCAAGGUAACUGCAACAACGGUCUUGCUCUAGGAGGCUGGAACAAAUGGGAUUAUGGUCCCAUGCUAGAGUUGCAGAUAUGGGGGUGCGAUGCAGACCAAGCCUGGUCAGGAUAGAGUCCAUCUCGGAAGCACGAAAAUAAUUCCGGGACGGGUGUAACCUAAGUCCCCCACGAUAAAAUAUUUUAUAAAUAAAUAUCUUACCAUCAAGCUUUGAAAAUGUGUGCAGGAUGGUGCAUUAGGCCCAAAACGAUCAGGUUGUAAUACUGGUUAAAGGAAUACAUUGUACAUUUCUUUAUAAACAGUUUAUUUAUUUUUUGUGUUCGAUUUUUGUUUUUAUUAUUCUAUCCUGUGCGCAUUCAUAUCUCUAUUUGUAGUUAUGUUUGUUUGUUUUUCUGCAUCUAUUGUGUGAAUUGAUUGAUUUAAAUAAAAAAAUAAAAAAAUGCUGUGCUCUUUUACAAUUUUUCAUUUGCGUUAUCAAGCUGCUGAUCUUUAUUUUUUUUCGUUUUUGUUUCUUUGUUAGGUUACACCCGUCCCGGAAUUAUUUUUAACUGCUAUUAAGCUCAGCCAUAAUAACACGGGAGCAAAAUACUUGCAUAUCGCAAGAGAGGAUUCCAAUAAUUUAUUCAGGUAAUGCAGCGGUUAAUACAUGUUUGUGGACUUUCAUGGCUAUAGUGCUGCCUGGGCACUCUGUUUUGAAGCCAGCAGUGACAUAAAUUUUGGAGUUCUUAACAUAGUCUCGAAAAAACAGAUGUAAUAUUUUAAAUAAAUAAAAUUAAAGAUUUUUUUUGUUGUUGUUGAUAUUAUUCAUAUCCGUAUAACCAUAGAAAGAGUUUACCAACAUUAGUGUGACUCCCAUUACCCUGUGACUUUUAUUUUUCAAGUGUUCAGUUUAGAACAACACCUCUGGACAGUACUGGCGUUCCACACAUACUGGAACACACCACGUUGUGUGGCUCUGAGAAAUAUCCAUGCAGAGAUCCAUUCUUCAAAAUGCUGAAUAGAUCGUUAUCUACAUUUAUGAAUGCAUUCACCGGUAAGUUUAUAAAAAAUAAUCUCUACCUGCACCCUAUUGCUAAUGUGAGUCAAAAUUGAGGCUUUAUUCACUUAUUAGUGAACUGCAACAUACUGAAGACAACAUUACAAAAUUCAAACUAUAAUUUGCCAGACUGUGACUAUAGCAGAGGUGGAAGUAAUUUUUUUAUUUUUUUUUAGUUAGCUGCUUUGUUCUUCAAUUUGGAAUUUGUUUUCCAGAUCUGUCUAAUCUACUAUUUAAUAAAUCCACUGUGUGCAUUUCAAAGUUUUGUACCUCGCCCUGGUGGUUCACAAGGAAACUAAAUAGUUUGCAGUAAUUAAAAUGUAAAAUGGAAUUGUCAAGGUGCACCUCUCAGAGAGGAACAGUUACAGUAAUGGAGACGAGGAUUUUUGGAUCAAAUACAGUGACGCCCUUAAUAUUUCAAUAUUUUUCCAAGGCACCACAAGUCAAAAUUUCUAGGUUGUAUAUCUGCCCAGUGCUGCGGCAUUUACUGGCGCUAUAGGGUAAUGUACAGUGUUUGUGUUUAAAGCGGUUCUUGCAUACAGUUAUUGUGUUUUAAUAUAGGGGUGUGUUUGAAUGUAAUGUUCACUUUUAAAUGCGAAUGUACAUUUGUUUGAACUAUUUGUGUUUGGGUGAAAGGGUGUGUUUGUAUAUCCUUUUUGAGUUUGAAUUCAGGGAUGUGUUUGAAUGUAAUAUUUGUGUUAGAUUGCACGAGUGUGUUUGUGCUGGUGUAUGACUGCUUGGAUGUAUACAAUAAACUACCAGAUACAUGCAUACAUACACAGAUAUACAUACACACAAAUUCAUAUAGACACUGACACACACACACCUUAACACACGCAUACACCAACAUAUACACACACACGCACCCUGACACACACAAACAUUGAUACAUACAUGAUACAGAUACACACACACACACAAUGACACACAGAUGCACAGACACAUAUCCCGACACACAGAUGUGUGCGCACAGACACACACUGACAUAUACACACACACACACAGAUGCACAACCUGACACACAUGACACACACUCUCAUACAUACAUACGCACACACUCAUACACACACAAGUGAUAUUAAAAAUAUCUCCUGCUACCCUCCUUUUAGCUUACCUUGUGUGUCCUGGAGGUUGGCUUGGACUCCUGCUGGCUGGUUGGAGUGAGGGGUCUGUAGCUCUUCGUGUUCCUCUCCCCUCGUGCUGCGGCUGCCUCCUCUCCCUCCCGCGCUGUCUCCCUGCAUGACGCUGGGAGGACGUGACAGGCUGUCACUUCCUCCCAGCCCCCCGACAUUACAGGUGCAUGGUCCUUUGAGAAUGUGGCACCCGACUGGGCCCCGGUUCAGCAGUAAUGCCCGGUCAUAGCACCGGAGAAUCAUACCGCAGAACCCAUGUGUGCACGCUGGGGCACCGCAGCACAUAGUUUGGGAACCGCUGAUAUGUAUGUGUGUGUGUGCUGAAUUGUUUUUUAGUUUAAUAAAACAAACGCUAACACUACAAAGUUGUUGAAGAUUCAAUAUUGUACAGUUAAAGGGACACUAUAGUCACCAAAACUAUUUUAGCUUAAUGAAGCAGUUUUGGUUUAUAAAUCAUGCCACUGCAGUCUCACUACUCAGUUCUCUGCCAGUUAGGAGUAAAAUCACUUUGUUUAUGCAGCCUUAGUCACACCUUCCUGCAUGUGACAUACGCAGCCUUCCUAGACACUUCCUCUAAUGUUUAAACUUCCUUUAUUGCAAAUUCUGUUUAAUUUCGAAUUUCUUAUAUUUUGCUCUGUUCAUAGCCUGUAGACUCUGCAGGACCCUAUUGUGUGUGAUUAAAGUUCAAUUUACAGAGCAGGAGAUAAAAAAAAUAAAUAAAUUACUUCUAACGUAAGUUAACAUCUGAUUGAAUUGGAAGCCAUUUUAUUUUCAUGCAGGAUGUCAGUCAGAGCCAGAAGAAGUGUGGCUAAGGCUGCAUAAACAGAAACAAGAGUGAUUUACCUCCUAAAUAUCAGAAAAUGAAGCAGUGCGACUUCAGAGACAUGAUCUAUGCACAAAAACUGCUUCAUUGCUAAAGUUGUUUUGGUGACUGUAGUGUCAAUUUAACAGGUAUUUUAUAUUCCUAUUAUUUAAACGCUAAAAUAAAUAGACGAUAAACAUAAAGUACUUCGGAGAGAAAUGAAAUAAGUAUCUUGUGAAAUUAUUAUUUUUUUAAUAUGGUUUUAUUUUUCAUAUAUACAGAUUAGUAUGACUACACUAGGCACCGACAGGGGAUUUAAUGCAAAUCAGUCUGUAUGAUUGCAAAGUUUAGCAAGUUUGCUAGCGAUGAGCCCCAUUAACACUAAAGGAGAUUUUGCUGAACAGCCCAAGUCACUUACCAAGCCAGUGUAAUGGCCGUGGGAUCUCUGGGAAACGUUUCUAAGUAAACCAGUGCAUUCUUUUUGCUGGAGUCCUGUGCUGAAUAUACAUUCUACUCAAAGAAGUUGACAGAAUGGCAAAAUCAUAAAAAUGAACAGCUAUACAAACAUUUUGUUAAAGCGUUGUCAUGGCAGUUUGGCAAGUUUGCUUAUUUGUGAGAUCUAAUUCAGUCAGUGGAUGUAAAGUGAUUUCAUACAAACUUAGUGUAGUAAUAGUCUUUCCUGGAAUGGAUUGGGAAAAAAAGGAGAAAAUAAACCCCGAUAAAAAGGCAUUCCUUUUAUGUUUCAGCCAGCGACAACACAAUGUAUCCAUUUUCAACACAAAAUCCCAAGGAUUUUCAGAACCUCAUGUCUGUGUAUUUGGAUGCUGUUUUCUUCCCAUUCUUGAGGGAACUGGAUUUUUGGUAAAUAUAUAUUAUAAUGGAAUAUUACAUGCAGAUCAGAGUCGCGGGACUUGCAAGGUUGGGUAAUACCACUGUUUAUUAUUGUAGGCAAGAAGGAUGGAGACUAGAGCACACAGAUCCUACAGAUCCUAACUCUCCGUUGAUCUUCAAAGGCAUCGUCUUUAACGAGAUGAAAGGAGCAUUUGUAAGUUGUAUUUUUGUUUUUUAAUACUUUAUACAAUUCUAGUUUAAUUAAAACGGCCUCGAUUGUAAAUAUUUUUUAUAUAAACUUCUUAAAUAAUUGUAAUAUUUUUAAGAAUUUUUUUUUUUAAUCCAAAAAUAGUAAAUUAUUUUACCAGCUUAUCCUAAAGUAUUAAAUUGAAGACCGUGUUAGAAAGGUAGAAGUGUUGUCCUGUAUCUCAUAUUAGCAAAUUCAGAAAAGAUUGUUACUAAAUCUACAGGAUUUGCAAGCAAACAGUGCUUAGAAAAAACCCAUUCAGAAAUGGCCAUUCUUUUGUUACAAGAAAAUUGAAUAUCAUUAAGAUGGAUAAUGAUAUGAUAAAACAUUUUAUUAGCUGCCUGUAACAGAUCCCCUAUACUCAGGCUGAGUAUAUCCAUUAUAAAUCUCCAGAGUCCAAAGUGCAGUAGUAGUGAUGUCCCGAACGGUUCGCAGCGGACGGCGAACACAUGCGCUGUUCGGUCCGCCACCUGUGUCAUCAUUGAGUAAACUUUGACCCUGUACCUCACAGUCAGCAGACACAUUCCAGCCAAUCAGCAGCAGACCCUCCCUCCCAGACCCCCACCUACUGGACAGCAUCCAUUUUACAUUCAUUGUGAAUCUGCAUUCUUAGUGAGCUGUCCAGGAGGUGGGAGGGUCUGGGAGGGAGGGUCUGCUGCUGAUUGUCUGGAAUGUGUCUGCUGACUGUGAGGUACAGGGUCAAAGUUUACUCAAUGAUGACAUAGGGGCGGACCGAACAGCUCAUAUAUGUUCGCCGUCCGUGGACAUCACUAUGCAGAAGUGAUAAUAGAAACUAUAUAUAAACAAGAUAAAAUCCUCAUCAGUGCUUAAUUUUUUCAAGUCACUGUUACUCCUGAACACUUCUGAACUUUGACGAACGUCUGCUUCUUAUCCAUGCAUGUCAGGAGAGCCCCACCGAACGACGCUCUCCUGACAUGUGUGGAUAAGAAGCAGACGUUCGUCAAAGUUCAGCGGUGUUCGGGAGUAACAGUGUCCGAUUGUAGUUCCAUGAACUUGAUGACCGAACACCGCUGCUUGCAUUCUUGCGAACAAGAUGGCCGCUAACUCAGUUUCCACGUGUUCGUGCAUACGAACAGCGGCCCCCCCAGCCGAACAAUUAGAACCCUCGAUGAUUGAGGUGUCAGGGGAGGUCAAUAGGGGUUAACAAGCACAGAAGUGGUCAGCAGUUCGUGAGUCUGUUCGGUUCCCGAACAGCACAAAUCAAUUCCACGAACCAAGUCCUUUCCAUGGCCCAUAAUCCUGGGGCAGGAGGCUAGCAAGAAGGAGCUUGUGGCGAGGCAAUUUUGUCACACUGCCAAUCCAGCCAAGUAUGAGAGUUAUAGCUAUUUAUUUAAUCAUUCUUUUGUUGUGCUCUUAUCCAGAAUACUUAACUUUGAUCAAUUGUUAAGAUUUUGUAAUUUCUGCAGACAGAGGGCUUUAUAAUUUGACAUAUUCGCAUAGAAGGAGUAAAAAGCUAUGUACUAUGAAUUUUUUUUUUCUUCUUCAUGGAAAGAAAUACACCAUAUAAGUAUUUGCUUAAAUUGUGUUUGCUAUAGGUUUAUUUUAUAAUAGUUGUUCUCUCUUUCUUCCAUCAGGCUGACAAGGAGAGAGUGUUCUUACAGAAGGGACAGACCUGGCUGCUCCCGGAUCACACGUAUGGCGUUGUAUCAGGAGGAGAACCAUUAGACAUUCCAGAUCUCACUUGGGAGAAGCUAAAGCAGUUCCAUUCCACAUAUUACCACCCGAGCAAUGCAAGGUACUGCUGUGUUUCAAUGCCCAGUCCGUUAUAUUAGUGAACAGACAAGCUGGGUUCUUAACCUUGUUACCUGUAUAUGGUCAAUUCGACAGUAUCAAUAACAAAUAUAGCCAUAACUGACCACCUUCUACACAGAGAGUAUUCUCUUUAAAGGUCCACUAUAGUGCAAGGAAAAUAAACUCGUUUUCCUGGCUCUAUAGGGUCUUUGGGUCCCCCCCACCCACAGGGUCCAACUCCCGCUGGGCUCUAGGGGGAGGAAGGGGUUAGACUCUUACCUUUCUCCAGCGCCGGGCUCCCUCGGCGCUGGGGACUCUCUUCCCUUUUUCCCACGUCAUCCGCCGAAUUCAAUCAGUCCAUAGGAAAGCAUUUCUCAAUGUUUUCCUAUAGACGGCAGCGUCUUCUCACUGUGAAAAUCACAGUGAGAAGCGUGGAAGCGUCUUUAGUGGCUGUCAAUGGGACAGCCACUAGAGGCUGGAUUAACCCUAGUGUAAACAUUGCAGUUUCUCUGAAACUGCUAUGUUUACAGCUACAGGGUUAACCCUAGAUGGACCUGGCACCCAGAUCACUUCAUUGAGCUGAAGUGGUCUGUGUACCUAUAGUGGUCAUUUAAGGACAGGAAGUGCUGUUCCCUUUCAAAAGGUCUACACAGGAAGAGGUGGUACUACCUCUGAAAUACGCAGAAAUUUGCAUUUUUGGAAGUGGAUGAAGUUACAGAUAUGGAUAUAUGGUUAUUCUUAAUUCUUUAUGAUUUACUUGAAUAUGGAAUUUAAAAAAGAAAAAACACAAAAGCAAGGCCUUAAAUGCACUUUGUAGUGUUUAAAAGAAACUAUAUAUAAACAAGAUAAAAUAAUCAUCAGUGCUUAAUUUUUUCAAGUCUAUGAACUCCUUCACGGUGAAUGGAAAAAGUAAAUUAAAAAUAUGUGGCUUGUUGGCAUACUUGGUGUGGGUUCCUCAAAAUUGAACUAGUUUUAUAGCCAUCCUUCCGCAUGCCAUUUCCACCUAGGUGAUUGCUAUAGUACAAAUCACAAACGGUUAUUUUUACACUUAUUUAAUAAUGCAUGGCCCUAAUAUUACCCUUAUCUGUUAGAAGGGUAUAACAAAACCACAUCCCAAACACACUGCCUUCAUUCUUACAGCCCAGAGAUAGAAUAAUAGAAUGGAACAUAAGAAAUACAAAACUGGGGCCUUCAUCAAGGUACAAUUUCAGCAUAAAUAGACAAAAUAGGCUGCAUUUGAUAUCAAUCAGCUUGCACCUGUCAUAUAUCUCUGUUAUAUUCUGUGUGUGUGAUGUUCACUUUUUUUUUCUUCUAUAAACGACCUGACGUUCAGAUUUUUUACGUACGGCAACUUUCCUUUGGAAAUGCAUUUAAAGCAAAUACAUGAAGAUGCCUUGAGUAGAUUUGGAAGAAUAAACACUGACACUAUGGUUCCAGCACAAAAGCGCUGGCAGUCUCCUGUAAGUAUUCACUUUCACUAGCUGCAUCCUGAUAGAACAUCAAAUAUAGAGUCUUAUUCACUAAACUUGGAAUAGUGGGGAACUGACAUGGGAUUUACAAAUUUUAGGCCCAUAUAACAAGCUGGGAAAAGCUUAUUUGUUUUUUUAGUUCAUGUAUUUUGCUCUGAAAUUUACAAUUCUCUGGUCAGUUCCUGGUUUGGGGAACAGAUCUCAUAGUUUGUUAGCGUAGUUUAUGUACACACAAAAAUAAACGCACUUAAAAAAAAAAAAUGUUUUAAAUGUUUACUAGUGUGUGAACUAUAUUGUGAAGCUCUAUUUUAUUUAGUUGUAAAUAGUAACAUUGUAAUAUACAUUGUUAUAUUUUCUUUUUUCUUUUUUGUGAAUGAUUUUUUUUUUUUCUUGUUUUGCAAAUGUUGUACAUAUUGGUGCACAGUUAUAAGAUCCACUUUAGUUCAUUAUUUCAGGUUUAAUGUUUCUCAUUUCAUACUAUUUAUUUUUGAAUCUGAGUCCAUUUCAUUCUUAGAACCUGUGCUGGUGUUAUUAAAGGACCACUAUAGUGCCAGGAAAACAAACUAGUUUUCCUGGCACUAAAGGAUCAUUAGGUCCCCCCCCACCCUCAGGUCCACCCUCACGCUGGGCUGAAGGGGUUAAAACCCCUUCAGCCACUUACUUUUCUCCGGCGCUGGGGGAAUUUUCCUCCCUCUGCCGAUGUCAGCUCCGAAUGCGCAUGCGCGGCAAAAGCCGCGGGUGCAUUCAAACCGCCCAUAGGAAAGCAUUACUUAAUGCUUUCCUAUGGAUGUCCAGCGUCUUCUCACUGUGAUUUUCACAGUGAGAAUUGCGGAAGCACCUCUAGUGGCUGUCAGAGAGACAUCAACUAGAGGCUGGAUUAACCCUCAGUGAAACAUAGCAGUCUCUCUGAAACUGCUAUGUUUUCAGCUGCAGGCUUAAAAGUAGAGGGACCUGGCACCCUUACCACUUCAUUGAGCUGAAAUGGUCUGGGUGCCGAAAGUGGUCCUUCAAAUUUGUAGCAUUUCCUUUUACCACUGGUUUUGUGUGAAGGUUCGUUUUACUGGAAAACAAAUUUGGAUAGUGACAUCUCGUCCUUCUGUAAACUAAAAUCACAAAAUAAACCUUCUUAGAAAGACUGUUAAAAUAAAAAAUGUGGUUGUUUUGAUAAUUUUUCGAUAUUGCGUCAUCUUUUCCAUCUAUAACACCAAUCUUCAUGAUUACACAUUCAUGUUCAUGCUCAACCUAGUCCCCAUGCUGUUUUAAACCCUUUGGAUCAUUCAUGAAAUGUGAAAAUUGCUGCCCUAAGCAUCCUACGUGUCUGUCAGAAUGAGUAAGAAACAUAGGUAGUGGCUAUAAGUUUUUUUUUUUGUUUGUUUUUUUUUUCUAUUUUUUGUUGUGCAUUUCAUGCAUGUCUGUCAAUCUAUCUACUGUAUGUCAGUGUUAAUAAGUGCUUUUGUCCUUUGUAGAGGGAAUACCACGUAACCUGUGCCCCAGACUCCUUUGCUUCUGAUCCAUCUAAACAGACAAUGGUCAGCAUUAGCUUCCUGUUAUCACAGUGAGUUUUUCACCCAUUUACCAUCAUUGUAUUUAUUUGAGGGUUCGAUCACUCAACAGCUGUAUCCCCUAACCGCACAAUUAGAAAAAGAAUUCCAGAUCUGUUGCUUUGUUCUUUGUAGGAGUUCCUUUAACUGCUCACAACUUAUUUUCUAGUGCUGGGCUGGGGUAGGCAGCCUUCAGAACCCCAGAUGUUGUAGACUACAUCUCCCAUAAUGCUAUUACAGCCAUAAUGCUGGCAAAGAAUCAGAGAAGAUGUAGUCCACAACAUUCCGAUGGCCAAAGGUUGCCUACACCUGUUCUAGUGAGUGAAAUAUUAAGAUUGGAAACAACAAACUUUUUCUUUGAGAGAAGCGACUGCUAUUCAAGCUCGAUAUAGAAUACAAAGUGAGUGCUGCAAACAGGCAUAUUUAUAUUGGGAUUUAAAUACCCAUUGCUAUAACGUGGUGUCAAAGUUAAAUCUCUGCUCACACCAGGCAGUGCCAGUUAUCAAUAAAUACCUGGGGCUCCCCUCUACCAACUGGGGCCACAGACUUUUUGGUUACCGACAAAUAAAUGAGAAAGCUGGAAAUUGCGGUUGAACGCGAAAAUGCAAAAUUGCUUGUAUCCUUAAGUGAACGAAAAGCAUCUGAAGCUCUGUUCAUAAAGGGUUAAAGGAAUACUAUGGCACUAGGGAUUCAAGCAUGUGUUCAUAACGCUAUAGUAUCCCUGUCCCUAGUCAGAAAUCUAGGGACAGCUAGCCAGCAUCGAGGCUCUCUUGGCUCUUCUUACCUCUCCUCCUUCCGCAACAUCACACAGGAGGCAUUGAGUCAAUGCUUUCUUACGGGGGGCUUCUGCGUCACGUAACUAAGUAAUACCUACAGCCACUAGAGGUGUGUUUAACUCUGUGAUGUAAAUAUUACAGUUUCUAAAGAGCUGUAUUGUUUUACAUUGUAGGUUUAAAAGGACAGGACGCAUUGAGAUAAAGUGGUCUGGGUGACUAAAGUGUCCCUUAAGGAAACAUAAAGUAGUACUGAACUUAUCUGAUGAUUAUUACCUGAGUUUAUAAGUAUAUCAUGGUAUUUUAUAACCAAAUUUUUUUUCAUAUGGAACACAGAAUUAUCUCAUAUUUGAAAUGUAUUUGUCUGUCUUUCCAUAGACUUACAGAUUCUUUUGAAACCUUUACGUUAUCCCUUCUGUCUUCGUUAUUGGUUAAUGGACCUAAUUCUCCUUUUUAUAAAGCCUUAAUUGAAUCCAACCUUGGGACUGAUUUUUCUCCUGACACUGGGUAAGAAAAAGUACAUUUUGUUGACCUUUUGUUUUGCCAUUUCAUGUAAGCUAUUGUGAGUGCUUUAUUACAUGACAACAUAUUAAUUCUUCAAUGGUAACGGAGUAAAUUCUUGCCAUCAUGGCAGGUUAUUUAUUUAUUUCUCUUCUUGUUUGAAGUCCUGUGAUUCAUAUUUAAUUAAAUUAGUAAUAACUAGAUGCGAUCAGUCAUCAAAUGCCCUAUUUUAUGAAUGCCAAACCUCUGCUCCCCUAUUGUUUCAACAUACUGAUAAAAUUUCACUUCUGGAUAUGUACCCAAAUACAUAGGUUAAACUCUAACCUGAAAAUAACCAGAGCUCAUCUGACCAGUGAUCAGAAGGUCAUAUUUAACCAAUUUUAACAAAUCCGAUCUAGUCAUAGUACAUGUACAAAUGUCAAAAGUGAUUAUACAUCUGUUUAUUAUACUCUACUAAUACUAUACUGAUAUAUGUAUAUAAUUUGUUGUUGUUUUUUCCUACAGCUUUAACGACCACACACUCGACACAUACUUCAGUAUUGGAUUACAAGGAAUCUCUAAAGAUGAUAUUGAAACUGUGAAAAAUAUAAUUUAUACGACCAUUGAUGAAGUCAUUGAGUAAGUUUGAGAUGAGAUUUUACAGAGAUGUUAAAAGUUUGUUUAAGAAGUCUUGCAAGAUAUGUUGUGUUAUAAAGGAAUUGUCAUAGACAAGAAGGGGCUCUUUACUGUCCACUUAUUCCUUUAAUGUAAGAUCUCUGUAUUUUCCAUGUUAUGUUCAAUAAUACACAUCUUAUUAAGGUUAAGAUUUGAUGGCACCUCUUUGAUCCAUGUUCAUGCUUUCUAUGGUCGCGUAUGGAGUUUGAGGGUAGUACAGAAAGAUUUCCACAUAGGUAAAUCGUGAUUCACAUCACAGCUUCCCAGGGAUAGCUUUUGUUUGUACAUUCCGUUUCGAAACCCUAUAUUAUAUUUGAGCAUACAUUUCUUUUGCUCUCCUCAUAAUACGUGUUUAUGUACUAAUUCAUUUCAGGAAGGGGUUUGAACCUGAAAGGAUAGAGGCCUUGCUUCAUAAAAUGGAAAUACAGACGAAACACCAGACUACAAGCUUUGGACUUUUUCUUGCUUCAGUAAGUGUUACUAUAACCACUGCUAUACAUUUUUUGUAUGAAAAUUAUUAGCCAGGGUUUAAACUGUCCUUUGCUCCCAUCUAAAGCUUAGCUAUCCAUGUGUUUUAAAAAAUCUUCUCUCCAUGGCCCUAGACACAUAGUUAACCUCUGCAUAUCGUGAACCCCAUCUGCAAUAGAUCUGGAGAAUAUCGUAUUUCCCCAUUGUGUGGAUCUGGUGAUCAGGCUGUGCUGUCGUUUGAAUAGCAUUUGGAUAUGAAGGGUGGUAGCAUCACAAGGAUUGGGAGACUGGACGCCAAAUCAACCUAUACAUAAACUAAGUACAUUCUCUCCUCUUUCCCCUAUUUAAUAGUUUAAAACACAAUUUUUUCUUCUUCAUGUUAACCUAGUGUAUUUCAUCUACAUGGAAUCAUGAUGGCGACCCUGUGGAGCUCUUGAAAACUGAAGAACAAAUGAAUACAUUCAGACAGUGUCUUAAAGAGAACCCGAAGUUCCUUCAAGAAAAACUCAAACAAUAUUUUAAGGUAAUAUAACAUUGUUAAAUGGUUUGUUACUGACAUGUCAUUCAGGUUUGAACAGCUGUGCCAAAAUAUAAGCUCUUAUGUUUCCAACAGACAUUCAACCACAGCUGAAAACUUAAUCAUUUAUGUAUUUAAAAACCACGUUGUUCCCUAGCAAUGCUUCAAACUAAAGUACUAAAUACCAAGUAACACACACAGUUAGAUAUCUUAAAAUAAAAUUGAAGUAUGCAUUUAAAACAAUGCAUAUACGUUUAGAACGAACAGUUUCUCCCAUGGUUGCCUUUUUUGAACGUAGAAUUCUGUAUUAGUUUUUCACAUUUCCUAAACUAAUGCACAAAUGUAAUAAUUCAUCGAUGGCCACCACUUUAUUGAGCACAACCUGUUCUAGAACCCUUUUUUUUUUUAAUGUAUUUAUUUCCAAUGGCAGAUUGCAUAUUUGUAUUAAGGAUUUUACAAUGUGGCAUAAACAUUUCUUGGAGAUUUUAGUAAAUGCUUUGCAAACAUGUAUUCUGGUCAAACAUUUUAUGUUUCAGACCUCCCAUUCCUGCUCACCCAGAAGGUUUUAUUUUUUUAUUAUUUGUACGUGUUCCCUGGAGUAAACUAUGGUCACAUUCAUAGAACUAGCUUGGAAUUCCAGGUGCUGUGUGACACAUCACAUUAUCCAUCUUAAAUUGACAGAUUCUGGCUAUAAAAAAAAAAAUGCAUGUAGUAAUUAAUAGUGGUCUAUGACUCCGUUAGAAGUAUGUGAUCUAAUAUAUGUCAAGAGAAUAUUACUUCCAUUAUUACACAACCACCUUCAGAGACUGCAGUGGUUCAAAUUGCCUUAAGAUUGAUUGUUUAUGGAGUAACCACCUCUGAUACCAGCAGUUCUACCACUGAAACAUUGCUUAGAUCAAGUCUCAUCCUCAUUUUUACUCCCCAUGGCUGUGGACAUGCUCCAGCAGGUUAUUUUGCCCCAUUACAGUUUUGCAUUUUGUGUCUUUACAGGACAACCAACACCAAAUGACCUUAUCAAUGAGCCCUGAGGAAAACUACAAAGACAAGCAGUUGCAGCUGGAAACUGAGAAACUGAACCAAAAGGUCAAAGCACUGUCUGAAGAAGAAAGAAAGCAAAUCUAUGAGAAAGGUCACAUAGCUAAAUUAAAAUUAUGCAGCCAAGCCAUAUACGUUUAAAGGGACUCUAUCGUAUCAGGAAUAUAAACCUGUAUUUCUUACACUAUAGUAAUAAAAUCGCUGUUUAGGUGGCCAGCCCCCUUCCCCCCCUUGUUAAAAGGGCGAUUUUACUCCCCUUAUUUCCAGUACAGUGCCGGUCUCACCGGCUCCUCAGCUGCCAUCAUCAGAGUUGAUGAUCUCAGUCAGUGCAAUCCUUUCUCAAAGAAAAGCAUUUAGGAGGCUAUUUUGCAUGCGUGCUAAAAUGCUGCACUGCACCAAUCAGCAUCUCUCUGAAUCAGUGCAUCUCUAGGGGGAGCGUUUGGCAUCUCCAUGCAGCACUGACCCAGGAAGCACCUCUAGUGGCCGUCUGAGUGACUUUCUCUGAAAAAGCAUUAUUUACAUCAAUAGCCCUGGAGGGACAGGGUCAUUAAGCUGUAGUUGCUCUGGUGACUAUAGUGUCCCUUUAAUGAAUUAACAUAUAUGUAUGUAUAUGGGUGUAUUCCAAUUUAUCAAAAGGCCAGCAAUUGGUAUAUUUUCAACAGUACUACCUAUAUGUUUUAUUUCCAAUAUUGCGAUACAAAGCCGAGGUAACAAAGUUAACACGGUUAAGCUGGACACUUCCUACUCCAACUGCAGAGAGAAGAGAUUUAGAUUUUGUUUUCUAGCGGUCUGAUUAGCACAAACAGGUUAACCCUAAAAUUAACUCAAGGCAGUGAAAAUGUAUCUACUAACUCAAGUGAAACUCAUUCGUAAUCUAUACACACAUGGAGAAGGUAAAUAAUACGUUUUGUCCUAUUCUUUCAUUUACAGGGAGAUAAUUGAGAGACAACAAUUCUAUGAAAGCUUAGAAGGGAUAUAUAGAGUUAAAAUUAUCCCCUAUAUUGUAUGCAAUAUAUAGAUAAUGCCUUAAAAUUAUAAUGUAAAAAAAAAUCUGUAAAGUUAUUUUCCCAUUUUGCACCGUUUAGUGGUUCUGCCUUUACCUCCAAAGCAGACCCCUUCCACCCUACACACAAACUCUUAUCCAAUCAUAAACCAUAGCACACCUGGAGAUUAGAGGAUAAGUAGUUUUCCCCUAAAGCAGUUCCGUUCAUUACAGAGGAUGGGCUGAACUGCUCUGUAGAAUUAUAGUAGCCAUACAAUUUCAGCCUGGUUCAUUGUUUAGUGCGCUAGGCUAAAUGACAAAGCCCUGGUUUGCAAAUGUGCAAUUCACAGCUCUGGUCUCUGAUGAAAAGGGAUUUGGAAAACAUGAAAAGGCAGCCUUUAAAGGAAAACUAUAGUGCCAGGAAAACAGAAUUGUUUUCCUGGUGCUUUAGCUUCCUAUAGUGCCUCCCUCUGUCGCUCCUGUCCCCCCCCUUCCCUGUGGUGCAGAAGGGGUUAAAAACCCCUUCUGUCACUUAACUGAGUCCAGUGCCGAUGUCACUCGGGCUCUGCCUCCUCUCAUCCCUGUCGACAUCAGCUUUUGGGGAGACCCAAUGCGCAUGGAAGUCCCUCUAGUGACUGUCUGUGACAGCCACUAGCGUGGAAUUAACCCUCAAAGUUAAUUAAAAACUGCCAUUAUUACAUUUGCAGGGUUAAGGGACCUGGGACACUGCACCCAGACAACAUCAAUGAGCUGAGGUUUUAGUAUUUACUAAGCGCUAUUUACUAUUUUGCUACUUAAUGAUGCAAGCCUACUCCUGAUGUUUCCAUUCACGUGGCAUCAUUCUGUUUUAAAUGCUAUUCAAAUCCAGGUAAUGUCAUCCACUUGGCAUUACUCUGCUGUCACUUCCGUGUGAGGCUCACAUAAUCAACUGGCAUUGCUACUAAAACUAGUCUUACAGCAAAGUGCCACCAUCAACAAUGACAUUACCCUGAUCCUCCCAAUGAAACUCAUUUUCUCAUGAGAAAUGCAGAUCAGCAGGAGUUUCAAUGCUUUGUUGUUGCAUUGUCUUGUCUGGAUGCUUUGUUGUUGCAUUGUCUUGUCGAGAUGCAUUUAAAAUUAAUGUAAUGUCUUAUUUCUAGGCUUGAAAUUAAUAGAGCUGCAGAGCAAACCUGAGGAUGUAUCCUUCUUGCCAGCCAUCAAAGUGUCUGAGAUUGAACGAUGUAUUCCUAAUACAGAACUGGAAAUUGCAUACUCCGGUAAGACAAUCAGUGAGUCUCGGGUACUCAGUCUUUCUUUAUGUUCUGUAAGGAAGACUAAGUAGAACCUAGCUUCCACAGAUCUAUGUAUAAGAGGUCCACAUCAGGAUUCACAAUCUGUGAUCUUUGAAAAUUGUUUUUGGGGUGUGUAUAUGUGUAUUUAUUUUAUUUCAUUUAAAUAUAUAUGAAAUAAAAUAAAUACACAUAUAAAAUAUAUAUAUGUGUGUGUGUGUGUGUUUUAAAAAAAAAUAUAGGUUUUGGGUAUAUAUAUUAUAUUUUUAUAAAUGAUAUUCAGUGCUAAAUAUACUCUACUUGUGGUCAUAUUGAUUCAUUACUACCAAUCCUGCUCAGUCAUCGGAUGUAUUAAUGUGUGCAUUGUGGUUAUUCAGGGGGUGUUCCUGUCCAGUACUGUCCUCAGCCGACCAAUGGGAUGGUAUAUUUUCGAGCAAUAUCCAGUUUAAACCCUUUGCCUGAGGAGCUCAAGCCGUACGUCCCUCUCUUCUGUUCUGUUGUCACAAAGUAAGUUGUUUUAAGAUCUGAUAAUGUUAAUAAUGAUCUGUGAAUUUAAUAUGUUUAAUAUUUUUAGGAGGGAUUUAUUAUUUACAUUGCUAGUAUUUGUGCAAGAUUUCGCAUGUGGUGCCUGUGGAGUCAUGUAUCCAUAUAUUUAUAGAAUUGGUGUCUCAUGAAGAGUAAGCAUUUCAUACUGCUAAGGUUGGUUAAAACAAAUUCUUAAAUGGAACUGUGAGAAAAUCUAUCUGGUUACAAUACUUUGUUAUUGGGUGGGGGGGAGCUUGGGAGCCAUUGCUUUAGGUCAUGUAGUGGAAGCACAAAUAACUGAAUAUCUGAGUCUGCCAUUCAACAAUACACAUGUAUAUUUUUGGAGCAACUUCCUGUUCCUGCUUUGAGCUCUGGGACAAGCAGCCUAGAAGUUUCAAAAGGCCGCAGCCGAUGAUACUGUGAGCAUGGUCUGGACAACUAACUCAUCUGGACCUCCAGGUUAAUUCAGACAAGGAUACUACUUAUUUAAAUAUUGCUUAUCUGUGAUGGAAGCAAUAGGCUGACCAAGUCGGAUAAUCUCACACUUCUCCUGCAUUCUACUUCAAGUAAAAAGAGUAUGAAAGCUGUAAAAGAAGGAUUCUGCAAGACAUGGCACAUGGGAUCAUAAGAGCCUGACAAUGAAGGUGACUUGCAUACAAUGCUAACAUUUGCAGCUUGUUACAACUGAUAUUGCAGACCAGAUAAGGUGCUAAAACCACCAAACACUAUAUAUGUAUAGCUGGAUACAACCAGAUUGCAUGUUAGAAUAUAUAGCACAGCAUAAUAUACCAGAGUUCUAAGAGAGGUAAGUAGCCUCUGAAACUGCAAAGAAACACUAGACUAAAGUGAAUUUCUGGAUCUUCUUAAGCAUGGUUGUAAAAACCCCUUGAUCUGUAUGUAAGAAAAAUAUUCUUUAUUCCAGAAAAACACUUACAGUUAGGAGGCAUAGAGUGUAGAGUGGAGAUCAUCACUGACUCUGGUAAAUUGCCAGUAGGCACCAAAAGCACCAGUGGUGAUGGUCACUCCACCCCCCCGCCCCAUGUGUCUCAACUGUGCAUUCACUUUGGAAUAAGUUAUUUUCCUUACCUAUCAAUGGAGGAAAUUUGGCAAUUCGCAUUAGUCUAACCAUACAAAUCCCAGAAGAGGACUUACUGGCUCAUAAAACUCAUCCAAGCUGAAAUGCAGUUCACAGAAACGAGUCGCUUGUAGAAAGCCGACACAAAGUUCCCUUAAUUAUCCCCUUAAGGACACAGGACGGAAAUAUUCCGUCAUGAUUCCCUUUUAUUCCAGAAGUUGUGUCCUUAAGGGGUUAUUUUAAAUUUAUUGUUGAUGAUAUAUAAACAUUGUUAUUUUGUUCUUCAAUAAAAUGAUACAAUCUCUUACAGGAUGGGAUGUGGUGCUUAUAAUUACCGGGAACAAGCUCAACAAAUGGAGCUGACAACUGGUGGGAUGUCUGUCAGUCCUCACAUUGUGCCCGACGACUCCAGUCUGGACACUUAUGAACAGGUGAGAUAUCAAAAAAAGCUUUCAUAAGAUCACAUUAGAUUAGUGUUGUAGAGGGUCACAUAUAUGACACUUGUUACAAUCUUUCGAAUUGAAGAAAGCAGAAAACAACCGGAGCUAUUAUUAUAUUUUCGUUAUUUUAGUAUAAACGGUAAGCCCUGUUUCACUCACCGCAUCUUACAACAUUCCGUUUUAUGUUUUCUUUUGCGAUAGUCAGGGCUAAUUAGCAUGUUUUCCUUUUUAAUAUCUGCUUCACUAGACUGAUGUUUCAUGGCUUGUUUUAAUUUCUUUUUAACUGUAGGGAGUUCUCUUCUCAUCGUCGUGCCUGGAUAGAAAUGUUCCAGACAUGAUGCAUCUCUGGAGCGAAAUUUUUAACAGGUGUGUUUCUAUAGCAUUAUCUUAUGACCAUGUCAGCUGGCAUACUUGUGUUUUGAGGGAGGCUAUAGGAGAAGACAAUAGAGGAACCUUGUGUAAUUAGCUGGUCUUAAAUAGCCAGACCUCUCGUACACAACAGCUGAUUAAAUUUAGCAAUCUACACCAGUGCUCGCCAAAUCACCAGUUUGUAAAUAUACAGAUUUUAGUCCAUUCAGGAGAAUUCCAAUAUCUGGACAAUUGGUGGUUGCAGAAGCCUUGGUGUUAUGUAUUUUUGUAUGUUCUUCAAUAUGGCCAAAAAAAAAAUCAAUUCUUCCACUAAAUAAACCCAGGUUAAUUUUAUCAGAUGUUAUACACCACACUGUCAAAGUGCUGUUUGUUUAAGCUGUGUAAACCAGUUUAUUAACAUUAAUAUCAUGUGAUUGUUAGUCUGUAGUUUUAGAGUUUAAACAGAACUUUAAUAUGUUGUAUGUUUUGAUUUACUUGAUAUCUUGUUAAUCCUUCCCCCCCCCCCCAUGUAAUAUGAGUUACUAGAAUUUUGUUAAUUUUUACAGUCCGCGUUUUGAUGAUGAGGAGCGACUAAGUGUUUUAGUAAGAAUGAGUGCCCAAGAAAUGUGUAAUGGGAUAUCAGAUUCAGGACACCAGUAUGCUUGGAUCCGUGCUGGAAGGACUCUUACACCAACAGGAGAACUGGAGGAACUGUUUGGUGGAAUGGAUCAGGUAUAGAGACCAUUUACUCCAAUAUCCCCUGUUAGGCUGUAGGUUUUUUUUUGUUUGUUUUUUUCUGUCUCACCUGGUUUAUUUUUUAAUUUGAGUUAUACCUCUUGCAGUUCUAUUAAUAUUCUGCCCAAUUUUCUAAAUACUUUCAUUAGUCCCUGGCCUUCUCUUAUAUCUAAGAUAGCCUUAUGCCUAUCCCACGCAUGCUUAAACUCCCUCACAGUUUUAACCAACAGCAAAAAACAAAUGUGAGGUAGGCUGAACUUGAUGGACGCAAGUCUCUUUUCAGCUAUGUAACUAUGUAACUAUGUAACCACUAGCACUUCAACUGGAAGGCUAUUCCAUGCGCCCACUACCCUCUUAGUAAAGUAAUACUUCCUGAUAUUAUUUUUAAACCUUUUCCCCUUUAAUUUAAGACACUGUCCACUUGUUGUGGUAGUUUUUCUUCUUUUAAAUAUAAUCUCCUCCUUUAUAACGUGUUUAGGUUUCAUGUUGGGUAAAUGUAAAUAUCAUAUUAUUAUAUCGUGGGCUUCUCUCCCUUUUAUAGAAAAUGUUAAAUGGCCUGCCUAACAUAAUUUAAAGGUCACAUCAAGCUGGAGAUGACUCCUAUUUUUAUAAUGCAUUAUAAAAUAUUAUAAAACCUGUGGAAAAAAAAAAAAACAUAUUACAAACAUGAUCACUUUUUAAAUGCUAGUAUUUAUAUCCUUGGAGUAAAACACCUGUGGUAUGUUAUUCUAACUUGUAAGGUGAGGGAAGUGUUUGUAGCUGAACCAAAUUUUGCAUAUAGCUUUAAAAUAGCAAAUAACGAUAAACAACUGAGUGCAGGGACAGGGGAGGCUAUUGCACUGUGAUCUCUGACAAUGCUGCUCUUCUUGUUCCUGUAAUAAAAGAGCUUAGCAUUCAAGUUGAUCAUUGCGAGAAUUAGCAAAAAAGAGAAGGGCUCCACAAGCUGUGCUUGGGUAUCAUUACAUUUUGUUAUAUUGCAGAAAUAUUUUUAUUUAUUUUACUUCUUUUUAGUUAAACAUGAUGCAAAGGAUAGCAGAAAUGCCCGAUAUGAGUUCCGUGCUCCGUAAAUUAUCUCGUAUCCGGAAAUAUGUCCUUCUAAGUGACAGCUUAAGGUAAGUGGACAUAUAUCAUUGUAGUGCAGUGAUUUAUAAGAUGCUUAAAUAACCAUAUUAAAGGUCUUUUAUUCACACAUACAUCAACCUAAAGGCAUUUUAUAACUAGCUUAUAACUUGGUGUACGUUGACUGUGAUAGAAUGAAUAAGCCCAACGACACUUUGUAUCCAUUAGGUGCUCGGUGAAUGCCACCCCACAACAAAUACCCAUCGCAUCAAAGGAAAUAGAUAACUUAUUGUCUGGACUCCCCAGGAACAAAAAAGAGCGCAAACCUGUCCGCCCCAAUGUAGUCGAGGUAUGUGAAAAGAUGGUUGGGCCUGGGAAGUGCAAGGGGGGGAUAAAUUCAAUUUUCUUCCUCUAAUGUUAUGUUUUAUUCAAUUAAUCUCUAAUUGUCUCUGAAUUUAUAGAAAUAUUGCAGUCAUUCGUCUUCAGAAAAUUCCCAGAAAAUCAAGAGAAAGCUUAUAUGUGUAAGUAACUAGUUGUUUGGUGCCCUCUAGUUAAUAUAGUGCCAGGUAUUGUUUCCAUUACAAAGGAAUUCCAGAAUAAUAAAACUAGACUGAUACAUGGACAUUUACGUUAUAUAUGUUCUAAUCUAUAGGAUUACAAUACAUUAUAAAUACAGGAAAUCCCAUCUUGCUGAAUGGGUAUUUCCAUUAAAUAAGACAGUCUGUUAAUGUCUUAAACUUGUCAUAUUACUGAUUUUACCAUUUUUAUAUUUUGUAAGGAGCCAACGUUCAAACCAUGCCAGAUGAAGACACAUUUUUCUCUAGCUUUUCCUGUAAAUUACAUUGGUGAAUCUAUAAGGACUGUCCCCUUCAUGGACUCGGACUAUGGGAGGUAAUAAAAAUUCUGUAUAUUCAAAUGUAUCGAUUGGAGUAUACAUUAAAGAUCUAACCUAAUGUCAAGUCAUCAAGAUUGAUGACCUUUUUUCAUAGACAGGCAUUGUGGACUUAUGCUGCAUGCGUGGCAUUUGCCAUUAUCUAUCUACCUGUCAUAGAGAAGCUUGGAUGCAUACCUAGUGUCUGGGGUCAGCAUUCUCUGAGGCUAAUGCCAGCCAUAAAAUAGAUUCAGUUAUCGAUUGUUUUAUUCCGAAACGCAUUGUGGCCAUCUGAAUUUCAUUCACUCAAGGUGUGGGGCUGCUAACAGUGAUGUUUCUCUGAAUUAUUAAGUUAUUUUUGUGCUUAGACUGUCUCUUUAACAUGCUGUAACGUGACAUGUUGGAAGAUAUAUGUUCCAGAAUAGUAUCCAGCUGAACUAGUAGCUCCUACGUGUCCCUGAUCUGGAAGCAUAGUCCUAGUUUAGAACUUGGGCCAACUCCUUGGAGUGCUAUGUGAAUGUCUGAUAAUCUGCAUUUGAAAUUGUGAUAUAUUUUAUACAAAUACAAUGGAAAUAUUAAUUUCUUAAAGGAACACUGUAAGCACUGUAUCUGCUUCAUCUCAUUAACCUGGUUAUAGUGUCUGGAGUCCCCUGGUACCAUAAUUUCUUUCAGCAUUAAACAGUUUUUAAUGUUGUAAUGUUUUAAUGCUAAUCAAGAGUCCACAGCAGUCCAUCCCCUCUGUGCUGCUUUGGCUAAUAAGGAAGUAUUACCCUGAGAGGCAAUGGGCAGCUGUGAUUGGCUGAGUGUGUCAGCUGACUGCUUUUAACCUGUCAGAGCUCCAACUGACGGUAUGAAUGGAUAUGACAACAAGGAAGUGUGUAUUCUCUGCCUUAGCUACACAUACAGAAGGGGCCGGACUGUGGGUGGCCAGGGACUCUUAUUUUGUGGCAUAUUGCACAAACAUGGUGCAACACUGAAUGGAGGGACAGUGCCAGGCCACUCCAGGCACUAUAAUCAAUUCAAAGAGACAAAGUGCUUAUAGUGACUACAGUGUCCCUUUAAGUAAAUAAUAGAAUGUGCAGUCAUGUGACCCAAUAAGCAUUCAUGUAUUUAGAAUAAUUCUCACUGGUAUUGUUUGAAUUGUUCACCCCUUUGUUUACAACUGUUUUCUGGUUUGUUUUAUGUACUCAUUAAUGCUAUUCAGGAUGUUUUCUGUACAUUGAAGGAAAUUGCCAUGAUAUCCUGCAUCAGCAUAGUAUUGGGGAAAUGUGGAAUUCUCCGAAAUGGGAGAUUAUUCUUUUCAUGACUGAUAAACGCAUUUGCUUGCAUUGCAGUAGAGCCUUGAUAUUCUAUUUUAAGAGAGUAUAUUGUUAAUUUCCUUUUUUUUGUAAUAUUUUGUUUUAGAUGUUAACUAUGUGCAAUGGAUUUUUUUUCGACUUAACUUUGUAAAGUAACAACCUGUUUCAAAGAACCUGAAAACUGUUUGUUUUAUUCUAGUUUACGUUUACUCGCACGAGUAAUGAGCAAUAAAUUUCUUCAUGGUGAAAUCCGGGAGAAAGGAGGAGCUUAUGGGGGAGGAGCAAAACUCAAUUUUAAUGGAAUUUUCACAUUUUACUCGUAUCGGUAAGGAAGUACAAAUUGAACAUUUUAUACCCAAAAAAUAAAAGCACUUGCCUUGAAGUGAUUUUGGGACUGUGGUGUUUUACCAUGAAACACAUUGUGUAGGAUGUAGUGACCAAACUGUUGUUUUAUGUAACACUGAAAUACCUCCUGCAACAUUACAUUGUGCUAUGGAUAAACACAGUUGAACUGAAAUUAAGCAAAAAUGUAAACGCUAUUAAGUGUACUUUUAGUAAAAUUGAAAAGCUAGUUUGCGGUAUUCAUGUCUAUUGUUACAUAGUUCCACGCUCCUCUUCCAAAGGAAUGCACAACCCAUCAUCAUGCAAUUACUGGGGUCAUGUAAGAAUAUUAAAAUAAAGGAUGAUGCCUAACUUUUGUAGUGUGCUUUGAGGAAGGGUCAUGGGAGUAUUGCCAUAGUUACCAGGUAAAAUGGAAGGAGUUAGGCUCAUCGGCCACUCUGCAACAUUUGUUUAUUCACGAUAAAGUAUCACACUGGGGAUGGAUACUCUAGUGAUACUGUCUGCCCCUUUGUGCAUUUCUUGCAAUACUGGUUUCAAGCACAUUUGCCAAAAUGUAAUCACAAAUUUUGCUCAACAAUAUUACAGGCAGAAGAUGUACGUCAGAGUGCCCUAACAAUAGCUCUAUUAAUAGAAAAACAUGAAUUAAUCUGUUUUGCAAAAUAAUAAACAUUUUAAUAAAUAUUCUGUUAACUUGUGGAGUAGCCUCAUUCGUGUGUUUUCAUGAAUGAAGCUACUUAACAAUGUUAAAUGUACAUAUUCUAUAAACCCUUGCUUACGGGUAUCUGCAACCUUGUGUGAGAACUCGCUGCAGUAUGUUUGAGUCCUCCAUAGAAAAAAAUGAAAUGAGAAUGAAAUGUCUUUUAAUCUUAAUUUCAGGGAUCCAAAUUCAUUGUCAACACUGGCUACGUUUCAAAAGGCAAUUGAGUGGGCAAAAUCUGGAAAAUUUACAGAAGAAGACCUAAAUGAAGCUAAGCUCUCUGUAUUUUCAAAAGUAGAUUCUCCCACUGCUCCUUGUAAUAAAGGUAAAUAUAUUUAAAACGGAGUGAAUGCUUCAUGGCUGAUGCCUUCUUAGUGGUUAUAAGUGGUUGCCGAGCCACUUUAAAGUAAGAACCCUUCCCACGCCAAGUCAAAGAAAGAAUUUUAAUAAACUUAACUGUUUGCGUGUGCGUGUGUGUGUAUAUAUGAAUGUGUGUGUGUGUGUGUGUAUAUAUAGUUGGCUGUGUGUAAAUGUGUGUUUGCAUGUGAUUGUAUAUGUGUCCAUGUAUGUAAAAAUCAAUAAAUGCUGGGGGCGUUUAACCACAUCGCUCUGAUGACCAGACACCCUAAAGCCCCAAAUUCUCCCCAAAAUGGCUGCCAAUGGCACGGAAAGAAACCCAGUGCCACCUCAACACCAAUGGGGAAGAAAACAAAAAAAACUGCGCCUCGAUCGGCCCAGGCAAUCAGCCGAUAUAGGCGAUCUUCUGAGGAAGCCACAUGGCGCGACAGGGCCCAAAAAUGGUGGCCGACAUCGAGGACUACUCCGACAGCUCAGAGGAUACCCCCCAGGACUGCUCAGAGAAUCUGGGAUAUGGAGGGCCGGCAAGGCGAGCACAGCCGACAAUGGGUCACUCGAUUACCACAGAAAUACUCACCGCUCUCCUCUCGGACCUACGCCAAUCACUGUCCACGGAGAUCUCCCAAGUAAGGGGAGAUGUCAGAGAGUUCACAGCCUGCCUCACCACUGUGGAGCAACUUACUCAAACGCACGCAGCCCAGGUGCUCGACCUCCAGACGCAGAUGAGAGAUCUCACCACGGCCCACACUCCAAUGUCCCACCAACUAGCAGCCAUGGAGGAUAAACGCAGAUGGAAGCAUAUCAAAAUCCGAGGCCUAUGUGACACGGUGUCCCCAGCUGAAUUGCCCCAUCUCCUCCACAAGCUAUUUGCGACCCUGAUUCCCCCCAGGCAAGCAAAGAGGAUCCAACUGGAUGGCAUGUUCCGCCUACCCAAACCACCACAGCUCACGGGCACCGCAACAAGCGACCUCCUGAUCAAACUCCAAAACGGGCAGGAUAAAGCAGCACUCAUGAGAGCCAUCAAGGGGAAGACUCCACUCAGCUUUGAGGGUAUGGACAUAACAUUUUACUCAGACCUGUCACGCACUACCCUGCGAUGGCAGCAAUCUCUCCGACCACUGACAACGCUACUAGUGGCCAUAGGGGUGACAUACUGCUGGGGACCAGCACACGUGCUUAUAUUACAGCAUCAGUAAUCUGAACAGCGAGUUACGGACAUAGCAGAGAUGGACACUGUAGUGGCCAAACUAGGCCUUGCGACCUCCCCGAAUACAACGGCUUGGGACCCAGCCAAUGUCGUCACGUUUGUCCCGGGUCUCGAGAGGGCACUGGGGAAAAGGACUUCAUGAACCACCGCCUUCCUGUCUAACAUGUUUAAUAUGUUUUGGUUAUCUUUUCUACCUCUGUUUGAGGGGCUCAUGGGCACCCACCAUAGACACUGGGAAUAACCCGGGCAACUGGCUCCACUAUAUCAGCCUCGCUAAGAGGAGCUGGCUUACAUGCUACACAGACACCACGUCGAUACCCCAUGUUUUAUUUGUAAGCCUACGUUAAUCUAGGCCGUACCCUCGCCCCUGCUACUUACACUGCAAUCGGCCACCCUAGACGACCUAUUCACCUUGUUUCCCUGCACUUCCACAGCAAAGGGAGCAGGCCAUGAUACAGAGGCACCCCACAGCACACAACCGACGCACGCUAGGCCCUCUCAUACGUGCCGAUGGUACCCCCCACUGUACCUUGGCACUAGACAAACUCUUUUGUCCAUACGGAAACUAAUCUGUUUACAAGAUAACAAACUGUUGUUUUACCAUAAGUUUUGACUAUCGCCAUUUAAAAAUGUGCAGUAAUUCUAAAUGCCAUAUUGAUGUCAUCAACUGUUACAAUUGAGCUUCAUAUGGCUGUCGUGGCUAUCCAAGCAUGAUGUAAAGCUCGCACAACAAAAAUAAAGAAUUGAAAAUAAAUAAAUAAAUGCCAUGAUUCUUUCUCUUUUAGCAGUCAAUCUAAUUAAUACAAAAUUGCUAGUCUGUAGGACAUCUAAUCAAUAAGUCUUUUUAUUUUUAAGGCAUGAAUCAGUUUUUAAAUGGACUCAGUAAUGAGAUGAUACAAAGACACAGAGAACAACUAUUUGCCGUCAGCCAUUCGGAUCUGGUUAAUGUGGCAGGAAGGUAAGUUGACUUUUUUUGCUGAUUAUAGUUUUAGCAUGUGUGCACAUUAUAGGCCACAUGGCUUCACCAGCAUAAAAUCAAAAGGGUAGAGAAAUACAUUUAGACUUUGAGAUGUCCACAAGCACAGCUUCCCACCUACUAAAACGAAAACUAGCACUGACCAAAACCCACCAUGAUCCCAGUCCGUCAUGAGAAUAGAGUUUUAGUUCAAGAACAGCUGAUCUAUCUUGUGGCCAUCCCUGAUCUGAUCCCUUGAACAUUUUGCAUCCUUAAAGUCCUAUUAUCCCUAUCUGUCUGUGUACCAGAUGGUUCCAUUCCCGUUGUACCUUUGCUUCUCCACAGUAUGGCAAGUGAGAAUAGACAUGGCAUCUCAGGUUAAUAUGUAAUGUAAUACAGUGUUAGAAUGUUAAUAUGCACCUUCUCUCUUUAUCCCAGGUAUUUAACUGCUGGUCAGGGCACUCGUGGGACUGCAAUUCUGGGGCCAGAAAAUGAAGCUAUUCAAAAAGAUCCAACCUGGAUUAUUCGAUGAAUUUUGCACAAACAAGAGACUAUUUAGGGAAAAAAAUAACAUGUAUUUAAAAGGAUUUUAGCUUUUUUUUUUUUUUUUUAAGAAUUUUCAUUUAAAGCUGCUUAUUUUCUGUCUAGGGAUUUUUUGUAUUAAUGUCUUUGUACUUUGUUGGUGCAAAAUAAAUAUAACCGUUGUGAAACCA